GGGCGUUUCCGUUUCCCCUCGCGGCCUGUUCUGUCGGUCACCUCCUGCUGCGCAGUUCUGCUGAACGGGACGCGUCCUCUCCCCGGUGCGCAGGCGGGAGAGGCCCGAGCUGAACGCGUAAACAUCGGGCGUGGAACGCAUGAUUUUAAAGGACAGGGUGCUGCAAAUGGAAGCGGAUGGUUUUGUGCGCAGGCGGCGGAUGACAGCGGACACAUCGGGCGGCGAUGCCGCGGUAGCCGGAGCUUCCGCGGGCGCGGAGAUACACUGGUUCGGCGGCCGUUUCUGGGGUGUUUCCGAAAGCCUCGUCGGCACUUUGACACCUCGGAUAGCAGGAGAAACGGAGCUUCAUGUUGGACAUUUCUAUGGCUCCCAGGAGGUCAAUGAUUUAUCAGAACCGGACUAUGAGGGUUUGCCCCAGGGUGCCUCCACCAGCACGCACAUGUUGGCAGGGGCAGUGGCAGGAAUCAUGGAGCAUUGCCUGAUGUUCCCUAUUGAUUGUGUGAAGACUCGCAUGCAGAGCCUUCAGCCAGAGCCAGCUGCCCGCUACCGUAACGUGAUGGACGCCUUGUGGCGAAUCGUGAGGACUGAGGGAAUCUGGAGGCCAAUCAGAGGGCUGAAUGUUACAGCUGUAGGGGCGGGGCCAGCUCAUGCACUUUACUUCGCCUGUUACGAAAGGUUGAAAAAGGUCCUCAGUGAUAUCAUCCAUCCGGGAGCGAACAGUCAUUUGGCGAACGGGGCCGCUGGAUGUGUCGCCACAUUGCUUCACGAUGCUGCAAUGAAUCCAGCUGAAGUGGUGAAGCAGAGGAUGCAGAUGUACAACUCGCCAUACCGUGGCGUUCUGGACUGUAUACGCUGCGUGUGGCAGCAGGAGGGGGCGUUGGCUUUUUAUCGCAGCUACACCACGCAGCUCACCAUGAACGUCCCGUUCCAGGCGUUGCACUUCAUGACCUAUGAGUACCUGCAAGAGCUGCUGAACCCCCAAAGACAUUACAACCCCUCCUCCCACAUGGUGUCGGGCGCGCUGGCGGGUGCCAUCGCCGCUGCCGCCACCACACCACUGGACGUUUGCAAGACGCUGCUAAACACGCAGGAGUCUCUGGCGCUCGAUUCCGUCAGCCAGAGCGGAAGACACAUCACGGGCCUCGGCCAUGCCUUUCGGACUGUCUACAGGCUUGGCGGCCUUCCCGCUUACUUCAAAGGCGUUCAGGCCAGGGUCAUAUACCAGAUGCCCUCGACUGCCAUCAGCUGGUCUGUCUAUGAGUUCUUCAAAUACGUUAUCACCAAACACCAGCAUGAGAAACGCAGGAUCCAGAGGGACGGAGAGAAGUAAUCACUCACAGCUGGCCCGACCUUGGCUUUCUCUCUUAUAACCAACCAGAUAAGCACUCAUGCUGCAAAAGGACUGAUUGAAUAAAUGAUACGCACAUAUAGAGUCCAAACACUCAUGUCUGUUUACUUCCUUUCAGUCUGCAUUUAAUACUGAAACUUUCCUGUAUAAUUCAACUAAUAAUCAUGACCUAAGUUCUCACUGUGAAGGCUCAAGUUUUUGGUCACUUUGCACUUAACCCAAAUUACAUCUCCCACCAGAGGGCAUCAGUGGCCUCUUUAGACAUUAUAUGCUAAUGAGUGGGCGUGCUUUAAGUUUGUGGGUGGGGUUUAGAGCCUCUAGACUUCUCCAAUUCCUUCCUUUCUUCUGAACAGUACACAGAACAGCAAACUUAGUUUUUUAUAUUUUUCCAGCCAAAACCAAUACGCACAAAUGAAGACAUAUCUGUACACUGAAAAUUGGAUUUUAAACAUCACUAAAAAUCAUUGUUUAUGGCAGAAUGUAGACCUGUACAGUAAUUUAUUGCCUUCUCUGGCUGAAUAGCACUCAGAGAUAAUGAAAGAUAUCUAUGUUAGAGGUAUUUUUGUAGUAUUUGGCGGUGGCUCUUCGUCAGCACUUGUGGGAAAUGUUCCUGCAGUUGAUCCAAAGUUCUGAGAUGGAGAUCAUUGCCCCUUCAUAACUAGUUCUCUGAGGUCUCCGCAUAUAGAUCUAUAUAACAACUUUAGCUUUAGGAAGACACCCAGUCUUUUCUGGCCAAUGCUAGUAUUAUCCAGUCAACAAUGCCUUAGACAUGCAGAUCACAUGACCUGAGUGUCAUUUUACUUCUGAGUAAUUCACUGAAUAUGAAUUGGUUAUUUGGAGUUGUUUCUUGAUGGACACUGGAAUGUAUUUUGGUUUGCUCUUAACUGAAUUUGAGCUCUUGUGUUUGAGAGUUGCCGAUGAAAUGCACCUGGCAGUUGAACAUAUGAGUUUUAUUGACGGAAAUCUGACUGCCCCAUUCUUUUUUUUUUUUUUGUUCCUCAGCUUUAAAUAAAUUUGCAGUGCAGGGAUUUCCCUGGCUUGCAUAAACUGA